AUGGGGCUGUUGUCUCCAAGGCUGCGAGGGUUUGCGACAGCAACUCAAGGACACCUUGUUGUUCAUGAUGACUCCUUUCAGCCCGACCAUAUCCUUCGAGUGACUGCUCAAAAUUAUAACCAGGCAUGCAUGGACCGAUAUUCAGUCGUUGUAAAUGGAUCGCUCCCAGGCCCCCAGUUACAUAUCCAGGAAGGCAAGGUGAACUGGAUCCGUGUCUAUAACGACAUGGAGGAUUUGAAUGUCACAAUGCAUUGGCAUGGUCUUUCUGCCUUUACGGCGCCCUUUUCCGACGGUACUCCCAUGGCUAGUCAAUGGCCUAUUCCUCCGGGCCACUUCUUCGACUAUGAAGUUCGCCCCGAGGUGGGCUAUGCCGGAACUUAUUUUUACCAUUCCCAUAUUGGCUUCCAGGCCGCUACUGCCUGGGGUGCGCUUAUUGUAGAAUCGGCCCAGCCACCACCAUAUGAGUACGACGAAGAGCGCGUCAUCGCUCUAUCAGACUUCUUUACUAAGACGGACGAAGAGAUCGAAAAUGGCCUCACCUCUACUAACUUCACAUGGAGUGGAGAGACCAGCGCUGUCUUGGUCAACGGUCAAGGCCGACUGGCCAGUAAUGCUACUGGGUCCUGUAAGCUGGCCGCUAUCAGUGUCGAACCCGGGAAGACAUACCGUCUGCGAUUUAUCGGGGCCACAGCUCUGUCGUUUGUCUCAUUGUCCAUAGAGAGCCAUGACGUGCUAGAGAUUAUCGAAGCAGACGGCCAUUAUACUAAGCCUUUGAAUACCAGUUACUUGCAGAUAGCUAGCGGCCAGCGGUACAGCGUGAUCCUGAAGACAAAAACCGAGGCCGAAUUGCAACAGGCGAAGUCUCGACAAUUCUAUUUCCAACUCACCACCCUGGGCCGGCCAACCGUCCUGACAACUUUCGCAGUCCUGGAGUACCCAUCUUCCACCACGACUGACCUCGUUACUGUUCCUGUCACGCCUCCCCUCCCCGUAGCCAAUAUCACUUACGGCUGGCUGGACUACGCGUUAGAGCCGUAUUCUCCGAAUCUGGACUUCCCCACUGCCGAGGAAGUAACCCGGCGCAUCAUUAUUAAUGUUCACCAGAAUAUUAGUGAUCGCACCAUAUGGCUUCAGAGCGGGUACGACUGGGUGGAGGCAUUUCCGAAGUCACCAUACCUAGUCGAUGUCUAUCAGGGUACACUUGACCUCGACGCCUCGUAUAAGCGGGCGAUUGCCAGCGGCUUUGGAUUUGACAAUCAAACCCGUCUCUUCCCUGCCAAAUUGGGUGAAGUUCUCGAGAUUGUCUGGCAGAAUCAAGGUGCCGUUAAUAAUGGUGGUGUUGAGAACCACCCCUUUCACGGACACGGCCGACAUUUCUAUGACAUCGGUGGUGGGGAUGGGUUAUACAAUCUAACGGAAAAUGAGAUCCGUUUGAAGGAUACCCAUCCGGUAUUUCGCGACACAACUAUGUUGUAUGCGUACAGAAAGAAGACGACUGCUCUCCAACCAUCUGGCUGGAGAGCGUGGCGGAUCCGUGUUACAGAUGCUGGUGUAUGGAUGGUACAUUGCCACGUCCUUCAACAUAUGUUAAUGGGGAUGCAAACGGUCUUUGCUUACGGCGACCAGGCGGAUAUUAAGGCGCAGUCUGGGGCCCCUGAUGAAGGCUAUCUGACGUACGGUGGCUCGGUAUAUGGAAACACCUCGCAUUCCCCAAUCGUACAGCACUUUUUUUGA